GUGGUUGUUGAAACUGCACAAAAUGUCGGAAUGUGAAACAGUUCCGCGUACGGCCGCAGCCUGAAUGUCGUCCAUUGAUGCGCACUUGCUGAAGCUACCUACACAUCUGAAACAUGAAUAAUAAAUCAUACUACGGCGCAGACAGACCAGACGCCGCACGGGCCUCACUUGACCCGGAGGAGAAGAAGAGAAGCUACACCGCCAUUUUGGGUUGUGAAGGGGUUCUACCCUUUCCUUUCUGUCACCACGUGAGAGAGGGGAGCCCGAUAACGGAGCAAUCAAGCGGGCAGUGACUCGGAGAGAACACGGGGGGAGAGAAUCCGGCGACACCUUUUGCACGUUUGCCGUUUACUUAUGUGCUAAAUACGGGAGGGAAAUUGAAAUUGCAGCCGCUACAAUGCCGACAAUAACACUACCACCGAAAGAAAACGCACUCUUCAAGAGAAUUUUGCGAUGUUACGAGCACAAGCAGUACAGAAACGGACUGAAGUUCUGCAAGCAGAUUCUGUCCAACCCCAAGUUCUCAGAACAUGGAGAGACCCUAGCAAUGAAGGGUUUAACCCUGAACUGUCUGGGGAAGAAAGAGGAUGCCUAUGACCUGGUUAGGCGAGGCCUCCGUAACGACCUGAAGAGUCAUGUCUGCUGGCACGUGUAUGGUCUUCUGCAGAGGUCUGACAAGAAGUACGACGAGGCCAUUAAGUGUUACAGGAAUGCCCUGAAGUGGGACAAGGACAACCUCCAGAUCCUCAGAGACCUGUCACUGCUACAGAUCCAGAUGAGAGACCUGGAGGGAUACAGGGAGACCCGGUACCAGCUCCUUCAGCUGAGGCCAGCACAGAGGGCGUCGUGGAUUGGCUACGCUGUCGCAUAUCACCUCCUGGAGGACUACGAGAUGGCCGCCAAAAUAGUUGAGGAGUUCAGGAAAACGCUACAGACGUCUCCAGACAAGGUGGAUUAUGAGUACAGUGAAUUGCUGCUGUACCAGAACCAGGUCCUGAGGGAGGCCGGCCUCUACAGAGAGGCUCUGGAGCACCUGACUACCUACCAGAAACAUAUCUGUGACAAACUGGCCGUCGAGGAGACACGAGGAGAGCUUCUUCUGAAGCUGGAUCGUUUGGAAGAUGCUACAGAGGUCUACCGCCGUCUGCAGGAGAGAAACCCGGAGAACUGGUCCUAUUACCAAGGCCUGGAGAAGGCACUGAAACCUGGCAGCGUAGAGGAGCGACAGAAGAUCUACGAGGAAGCGUGGGUGAAGUACCCCAAAGGACUGGUGCCCAGACGACUACCACUGACCUUCCUCUCUGGUGAGAAGUUCAGAGAAUGUCUGGACCGGUAUCUGAGGAUGAACUUCAGUAAAGGGUGUCCGCCCACGUUUACUACUCUGAAGUCACUGUACCACGACAAAGACAAGGUAUCAAUAAUUGAAGAGUUGGUAGUAGGCUAUGAAACAUCUUUAAACAGCUGCAGAAUGUUUAAUCAGAAUGAUGAUGGUAAAGAGGAGCCUCCCACCACAUUGCUUUGGGUGCAGUACUUCCUGGCGCAGCAUUAUAAUAUGAUUGGCCAGCAGACCCUGGCCCUGGAGUACAUCAACACAGCCAUCGAGAGCACGCCCACACUUAUCGAGCUGUUCCUCAUCAAGGCCAAGAUAUACAAACAUGCAGGCAACAUAAAGGAGGCUGCUCAGUGGAUGGACGAGGCACAGGCUUUAGACACGGCCGACCGAUUCAUCAACUCUAAAUGUGCCAAGUACAUGCUGAAGGCCGGCCUGGUCAAAGAGGCGGAGGAGAUGUGCUCCAAGUUCACGCGGGAGGGUGCCUCUGCGGUUGAGAACCUGAACGAGAUGCAGUGCAUGUGGUUCCAGACGGAAUGCGCCCUGGCCUACAAGUCCAUGAACAAGUACGGAGAUGCGCUCAAGAAGUGUCACGAGAUCGAGAGGCAUUUCGUGGAGAUCACGGACGACCAGUUCGACUUCCACACGUACUGCAUGAGGAAGAUGACACUGAGGUCAUACGUGGACCUGCUGAAGCUGGAGGAUGUGCUCCGGAUGCACCCCUUCUACAGCAAGGCCGCCCAGACCGCCAUCUCCAUAUACCUGGCCCUGCACGACAACCCCCUCACCGACCACAACAAGGAGCUGCAGGCCGAGUCGGCCAACCUGUCGGACAAAGAGCUGAAGAAGUUGAGGAACAAACAGAGGCGAGCCCAGAAGAAGGCCCAGCUGGAGGAGGAGAAGAAGAACGCUGAGAAGGAGAAGCAGCUGAAGAACCAGAAGAAGAAGAAGGAGGACGACGACGAGGAGAUGGGAGGACCCAAGGAGGAGCUCAUACCGGACAAACUGGCCAAGGUAGAAAACCCACUGGAGGAGGCAGUCAAGUUCCUGACCCCACUGAAAAACCUGGUCAAGGAUAAGAUAGAGACACACUUACUGGCCUUCGAGAUCUACCUCAGGAAAGAGAAGUACCUGUUGAUGCUUCAGUCAGUGAAGAGAGCGCUGGCCAUAGAUCCAGACCAUCCCUGGCUACAUCAGUGUUUAGUACGCUUCUUUAAAGGAGUCUCCGAGGGUAGCGACCUGGCAGACCCCGUGCGGACCGUCCUGAAGCAGGAGAUCUCCCGUCUCUUCGGAGACAGCAACGCUGGCAGCUACAACCAGGCCUUCCUCACCAGGCACUCCGACUCCAUACCUCAUCGAGUGGCAGUGGCCAAAAUGAUGAUGCACCUGGAUUCCACAACGGAGGCCAGAGCUGUGGAGCUCGCCACUGCCCUAGACGAAUCACUGAGCAACCGGAGUAUAGCGAUCUGCACCGAGGUGCUGGACGCGCUUCGGAACGGAGGAUUGGGCGAGUCGAAGGAGCGGGCGGAGUCCUAUCGCGCCCAGUGUCACAAGCUCUUCCCAUACACUUUAGCCUUCAUGCCAGCAGGGUACGAGGAGAACACCAAGAUGAUCAACGGUGACAUCUCCACGGAGACGGAGGAGCUGGCCAACGAUAUGUGAGCCGCGCUGUGAUUGGUGGAGAAACGGAACGGGCAUUGAAGCCUCGGUAGACACCCAGCUGGCCGUACGCCAUUUUGAAUCCACAACAGAAACAAAGUGGAUGAGGAGGAGGGUUUGCGGUUUCCACCUGGCUUGGGUUCCGGCCCCAACUCGCCUCUCUCGCUCUCUCUCUCUUGUGAAGUGGCGAACUUGGACUGUGUGAGUUUUGUUUUCGAGAGAAUGAAAUGUGGACGUCGAGGAGGAGGAGGAGGAGGAGGAGGGGGGGGGGGGGGGAACAGGAAGAACAAUGAAGUUACCAUUUUACUUUUUUUUUUUUUUGUUGCAGACUACAAUUCUUAUGGAAAGUGCAUCGUCAACUGUUAUCAAGGUGUUCAUUAACAACAAGAAGGACUGAAAGUGGAGACUGUUUCUGUGGUGACCAUGUCAGACCAUGCAGGGGCUGUGUCCCAAGUGGAAUGCUAUCGCCUAUUUAGUGCCCUUCUUCCCAUGGGGCACUCCAUAAGCCCUGAUCUUAAAGAAGCGCACCACUUGGGGAACAGGGUGUGUUUCUGAGAGGUUUGUUUCCAGGCUGCUGUGACGACACGCUGCGUGACUGACGCUCCCUGAUCCAUGGUCUGCCAUGCUUUGGAAACUCCAUUAGACGUUCUAGAGAAUGCACAAAGUAUGUCCGAUGGGGUCAGCGAUGGUUUUUAGUGUUCGGUUCGGGGCGCAUGGUGGCACAGGAUCAGAAGAUCACUCUACAGAACCUAGGGUUCCAUUUGGGUCACAGGCUUUUGAAGAUGGCGUGUUGCUUUCCCGGGCCAUGGAUUCGGGAUGAGGUGGCGUUUCUGUGACCUUGCUGGUUGAGUCCUGAAUGUUAGUGUGGUAAGAUGAUCUGGGACCUCGGCUAAAGGGCAACUGGGACCUGGGCGUUGCUUUGUGCUGUUUGAGCAAACCUGUUUGGUGAGAGACGAAGAGCAGUGUGUGUGAAUCGGUAGUUGUCUAGUUUGAUCAGCCCCUCCCACAUUGUCGCCCCAGCUCCUCCUACAAUGUCACCCCAGCUCCUCCCACAUUGUCAACCCUGUCCCUUUCAUACUUCAGAUGUCAAAUGAUUGAAUAGGCAUAAGCAGUCAUUUCACUUGGGGCCGGUUUCACAGAAAUAAAUGACACCUAGUCGUGGAAUUUUUUUAUUGGGCCAGUUUCACAGACAUGGAUUAAGCCAAGUCUAGGACAAAAAAAACAAGCUCAAUGGAGAUUUCUAUUCUUUUUUCUAGUCCUUGACUAGGCUUAAUCCGGGUCUGCGAAAAUGCCCCGUUGAGUCUGAUUUUUAGUCCAGGACUAAGCUUAAUCUGUGACUGGAAAACAAUGGGUUAGUAUAGUGUAUUAAGCUACUACCACAGUGCUUAUAUAUAUAUAUAUAUAUAUAUAUAUAUAUACCUCUUCAAAUCUUUUAGAUAUAUAUGAAAGGCUAGGGGCCACAGAUGGAAGCCAUAUCCCUAUAUAUUUCCUAUGAUGACAUCUGUGAGUACACUGGCAGGUCCAUUGAGGCAAUAUGCAUUUUGAAGUAGUCAAAAGUCCAUUUCCUCCUUCACCAUCGGUUGAUCCCUUACCAUGACCAAAAUGGAUUCCAUUAGCAAAUGUUGGAAGUCCCACCCAGUUGACUACUUCAAAAUGUUGGUAUAGAGAUGUCCAUGCUAAAAGGGCAUGUUGGCCAGAGGAGGCCUCUAGCAUUCCCCAUGCAGGUGGCCAACAAAUUAUUCAUACAGUAUGUCAGCUUUCUCCAUGAAAAAGGCCAUAGAGAAGGUUAGAGGUCUGUAGUGGCCAUUAGGACUUUUGAGUAUGGACAUCAUUAAAGGAAAACUUUUUUAAUGUCCAAUGGGUGGGACUUCCAGCUUCAUAACCUGAACCCUCCAGAUGUUUUUGGUGGCACUGACCAGGCUGGCCCACGGUUUUAAGGUUUGUAAGUGUCAAAAGUUUACCAGGGGUGUAUUUAUCGGCCAAACAAACAUUUCGUCAAGCAGUUUCUAAUGGGCAACAUUGCCUGGGUCCCCUCCCUGUUCAUUAAGAGGUAACAGAAUGGGUGGAAACACCAUUUGACUAAACAUUUGACACUGAUACGUUUUGUUUGUCAGAAUGAACUUCACACUGAAAUGCAGUAUGAGUGGCAAAUGUUUUUGGUUUGCUUUUCUUUCCUUUUCUUCGUUUGUUUCUCCCCCCUGCUUUUUCCUCCCUCUCGAGGAAUCAACGUGAAAGCUGAGAUUGCUCCGUAUGAUCGAGUAUCUCUGGACUUUUGUAUUUAAAACACACGCACAGAAAACUAAGAUUACAUUUUCGGUUUCCGUGUAUUUUGGUUCCUCUGUGUUGGUCAGGCCAUGUCCUGGCCAGGACUCACUAAUUCAAACUUCCUAAUGGUAAUCAAUAAAAAGUCUUCCCUCUUGCUCAAGAUCUUUUUUCCUUUUAGUUUCUCAUCUGUGAAAUAACCAAUAAUAUUGUCCACACAUCCAUACUGUGUAUAUAAUGCAAUAAAGUCUUUUUUUAUUAGUCCUCAUCUGUGA